AUCCGUUGUGCGAGCUGGGAUGUCAGCAGUGGCCCUUGAGCCAUCAGCUGCUGAGAAAGGACAGUGGCUACAUCACCUUUUGGUGUGGCAUCUCCAGGGGACUAACAUGAAUGCAAGCCCAAUGCGAUGGCAGUCCCCAGCCCAGGGCUUCUCUCCUGCCUGUCUGCCUUACCCAUGGCGGCACCGCGCGCAGUGGGGGUGUGUUGGGGUGGAAGUGGUAAGCAGGUUUAUUUUUGUUCGUCUCCUGGCUCGUGCCGCUCCGAGUUUGUGGCGCCCGGUAUUACUAACGCUUCCCUGCGCCAGCUGGCAGCAGGGGAUGAAUCAGAUCAGCAGCACUGUGGUGCAGACCCCUCACCGGACAGUGAGCUUGGGGUGAUGUAUCUGGCCAAAGCGCUGGUGAUGUCUUCUGCUUCUGCCCAGGGUGAGCCCUGCCACCAAAAUGCCCUUGGCUUGAUCUUGCAGUUUGAGAUGCCUCAGGAGCCUGAAGGGCAGGGUUGUCCCCUCUGCCCUAUGCUGUCUGCCCGGGGCCAGCUGGUCCCUGUCCCCCCUGCACACUGGAGGUCUUGGGUAGCUUCAUGAACUACUCUUUACCCACUGGCAGCAUCCCCUAGCUGGAGUCUGGUCUAUGGCCAUGAGGAUCCAGCUUGUCAUCCCACUGCCAAAAAGGGCACUUCUGCAGUUGUUUGGUUCCUUUCUCCCCUGGUCAUGACCUCACAGCAGUCACACGGUGACAUCACAUACCUGGUGAUUCCUGUUCUCUCCACAGCACACACACAGGGAUGCGUGGACCUUCUCUCCGCUCCCUCCCAAACACAUGGGUAGGGGGUGGGGAGGGAUUUAGGUGUCUGCUUCUUCCCCCACGAGCACCACUGAGGCUGCAGAAGUUGGCACACUGCUUGUCACUGUCACUUGCCUGCGUGGCUCAGGCUCCAGGAGGAUAAUUUGGAUCCUCCUGCUUGCUGCAGCCCAAAGCAUCCUGAAAAUGUCAUGGCUGCUUGACACCUCGGGGACAAUGGAGAGGGUCUGCCCAGAAUCUCAAGGUUUGGAAGAUGACGAUGAUGACGAUGGUGAAUUGAGCUGCUCCUGCCACUCUGUAUGUCCCCCACCCCAGUCCAAGAGCUAUGAGAGUUUGAGUGAUAAUCAGGUGGAGGAUCUAGGAGAAGCCAUCCCAUUUUCCCUAAAUUCUAUGCACUCUCACAUGGUGAAAGACGAAGGAGAGAAAAAUAGAAUAUAUGCUGAGAAGUUGGCUGAGUAUGCACAAGAGCUUGAGGAGGAAGCUCAGGAGUCUCAGACACCAUUUUACAAAGACAUGAAAAGGCUUGGCAGCUUGUCCGAAGAUGAGGAACACAGCUGGGCCUGUCGCUUUCCUGUGCAUCAAAGGUCACACAUUCUCCGAACUGCAAGUAUGGCAUCGUGUGGCUCCUAUGACUCUUUCCAUUGUAGCACAGGCAAUCACUUGGGGAUUGAUGCCUUUGUCCCAUGGGCCCAUGCCAGUGACCCUUAUCUGGGGUACCCAGAGUGCACCAAGGGAGCAGAGCCCCACAUGCUGUAUGAGGAAGCCAUCGGGGACAGGCAGUUCCCAUCGCUGCAGCUGACCAACGACAUGCUCAGAGAGGAGAACACCAUGAUCAGAAGGGUGGUGAAGAGCAUGCAGAGCUCCAUGAAAAGCCAGGUGUGCAUGAUACAGAAGCUGGAGAGGCAGCUGAAGGCCAGCCUGGCCAAAGAGGAGAGGGACGCCCAAGAGCUGCAGUCCUUUAUCCAGCGGAGUGAGUGGAAUCUCCAGCUAAUGACCCAGCGGGCUCUGGAGGCAGAAAGCAACGUGGAAAAGCUGAAGCAGAAGAUCUUUGUUCUCCAGGGAGAGCUCGAGAGCUCCAAGGCAGAGAUUGAAAACCUGAAAGCAGGCCAAACGCCCGACCUGGGCGCAAUGAAGCACAACAUAGAUUUUGCCUUGCAGAACCUCCACAAGAUAAUAAUGGGCGCAAACUGGUCCAUCAAACAGCUCGCCUCUGGAGCAGAGUCGCUGCAUUUUGUUGUUGAGGUCCUUGAAUCUACUGGCAAAAUUCAUGAAGUUGAAGCAGAAAAAGAGCCAUGAACUCAUUGCUGUGUGGGUCCUACAGAUGAGUGUAUGGAUCGAGACUAUGGGUCUCCCACUACAGCCUAUAUUAAAACCAUUUGCUCUCACGUGCUUGAAUGUAUACUCAGAUUUGUAGCCUUUAUUCUUCAUGGUAAUACUUUUCUUGUGAUUAAAUACAAAUUGUAGGUAGGGAUGUAGUUUUAGCUCUGUUCU